AGACUAGAAUCUCAUGAAAUUUUAACCACAAAUCAUAUUUUUACUAUUUAAUUAUUUCGAUGCAAUUGGAUAUCGAUUAUGCAUUUUUCAGCGUUAAUUAAUGUUAGUAAAACAAAUGCCAAUGGAUAAUUCUGCAUUAACAACACUACGUAUUGUAUGUACAUGUAUAAGCGUUCAAGAUACAUAAUACAAAGUUUAUUUUUGCUUUGUCUGUAUAAAAUUAAUCACACGGGGGCGAUUGAAUUUGAUUAAUCGCGAGUAUAAUUCACCGGAAGCGUUGUUUUUCCGAUUGGGAUCGUUCUGAUUACAGCGCCACGGGAUCGGGUGUCAACGAUCUACGUUUAGCGUAUGCGAUAAACAGCCUGAACAAACACCGGUGAAAAGGUCGGGCUUUUAACUCCGGAGCGCAGAAACAAAUCUGCGCCUCUUUGUGGACUAACUUGUUUCGCGCGAGCUAGCAGAAGCGUUCUCCAAACACGCCAGGCGCCAUUAUGUGGCCAAAUGGAUCGGUAUAUUUAGUUGACUUUGGCCCGUAUUCAGCUCUCGUGCUUCCAAGAUCUUCAACAGCUGGUUGUCAUUGAUGUACAUACGGCGUCUCGGAUUUACCCAGUGCAUUUAGUAUGUAAUCGCUAAUUGUUGCACUAUAUUUCUCGCGCAAUAUAUUUCUCCAGGCUCGGAAAUUGUAACAUUAACAUACAUUACGUUGUUGUUCCUGCGAUCUUUGAUCACAGUUUAAUAUGUAGACAAUUUUCUCUCCAACAUUGUUGGUAAGAAAAAAUUAAGUAAUUGAAUUUUUAAGUGGUCAAGAGAAAGAGACAGAGACAUAGUGGUUUGGAUUUCGAUACCGAAUACAUCUGCAAGAUGUGUCAUCGAAACGUUGAUGCGCCCAAUGACGGAUACCAGCUAUAGUGUCCUCGGAGACAAGAAAAUCUUGCUUAUCUUAUCAUUGCCGAUAAGCCGUGUACAGUCGAUGAUACGCGCGACUGUGUGGCGCGAGUCUCUCACAUUGGAGGCAAAGAGACACGCAUGUGGACGCUGAAACGAGGAGGCGACUCUACGAUGCGUACGUGUCUCUCAUCUCGUUGUGCCCCCUCUGUCUCGUUUCCGUCGCCACCACCGCUACCAUCACCAGCACCACCACCACCACCACUACCUUCUCCUCCUCCUCCUCCUCCUCCUCCUCCUCUACCACCAUCACCACCCGCCAGUACUACCACCACUCGUGCUCGGCCGCACGUUCCUGUUAUCUCGCUCCGACUUCCCUCCCCUCCCCUGCCCUCCCCCGCGGGUGCCCUGCCAACCAACAAGGGCGGGGGAGGGGGGGUCCCGCUUUCGCUUUGUGUGCGCCGGGGCGGCGGUACAUCAAAGCCUUCUAGUUCCCGCUCCGGCCUUUGACGGUCGCGUCGCGGCCGCUCGCUCAGUCAUCGCUCGGCGUUGUAGGCGAUGCCGGCGCGCCAUAGAUGAGCGGAUCGCGCGCGCGCGCGCGCGCUCUCGCACGAUGAGCGCGGACUCGGCCGUGAGUUCUUCGUUCGCCACGUCCGUGUUCCGGUUAUCCAAAUUCGCGAUACGACGACGACGACGAAGACGACGACGAGGACGCGGAGGAGAUUCGGUUUCCAUUUGACGAUCAUCAAACGCGUGUCUAUGGCGUGAUUUCGAGGCGGCCACGAAUGCGUCUGGAUCGUGCGAUGCCGCCUCACGGCGGCAAGUGCCCGCGUGUCAGCAAAGUGGCCACCAAGGGGCGCCGAGUGAGCGCCUCUCAUCAUCAGCAGCAGCAGCAGCAGCACCAGGAGCAGCACGUCUCUCCGGAUCGGGAAACCGAAGAAACGAUUACAGCGAUGGCGACGAUGACGACGGUGACGUCAAGUGGAACGGCAGUCGCGACGACGAGAAUGGACAAGCCCGCCGCGACCGCCGCCGCCACCGCCGCUGCCGCCGCCGCCGCCGUGGUAACGACGGCGUGCAACGACGAGGGUCGAUCGCAAUGGACCGGGCGCAUGCGCCAGUCCCUGGAGAGCAGCAGCUCCGAGCCAGCCCGUGAAAACGGUGGUACCCCGGUGCAUCGUUAUCCAGAAAGGCAACGACGAGGGUUACGGGAGAAACACGCCGCGGGCGCGGGCGCGGGCGGGAGGAAGCAUCGACCGGCGGCGACGGCAGCGAAGGCCAACUCCGCCGUCGCCUCAUGCUCCUCGUCGACAUCGUUGUCGUCACCGCCGCCGGUGCUCUCCUCGCCGUCCUCUUCUUCCUGUGCGUCCUCGCGCCGCUCAAGUUCCCCAUCGCCGUCAUCGAGCACCUGGUCGCCAACGCGGUCCUCCACCUCGUCGGUCACGAGCGAUCACCUCGUAGCGAUCAAGCCUACGGCGGCGGCGGUCGCGGUCAGCGAAGGCCCGCGAAGAAGCCAGACUCCUCCCGAUCAUCACAGCGACGACGGGAUUGGGAAGAGGAGGCAAAACGCCGCGGGGACAAGACGGGGACGAGAUAACGACGGCAGCACGACUCAUGAAACGACGACAGACACGACGACCACGGCGACAACGGCAACGACGACGUCGUUGGUCACUUCCUCGUCGCCAUUUCCCUCCCCCGCGUCGACCUCCUCCGCGUCUUGCCGGACGACGACGACGACAACGACAACGACGACGACGCCGCCACGCGGACACGGUGCUGCCGAUCGUGGGACCGCGCACGUCUCGUCCUCUUCCGCUCUCGAGAGACUGAGAAAUGCCCUGGAGAACUACGAUCGUAGUCGAAUCUAUCUCGCCCACGUUUGCUAUCUGGAUUGGCGGGAUUUGCCGGGUAAACGGCGUGGCGGUGGCGACGCGACGCGGAGCAGCGAGCGGGUGUGGGUGGUGGGGGCGGCGGAUCACGAGGGCCACCACCGGACACGAUUGUUGGUGGCCGGCCGCCACUGGCGACCACGUUGCCUACGCAGGGUCAACAUGCUGAGCCAGCCGGUGGUGUACGCCGGCGGCGGCAGAGGUUCCUUGACCGCCGACCUCUUCCUCUGGUGGUUUCACCGCGAAUUUGCCGUCACGGCAAUGGCGAUGCAUCCGGACGGCGCGGUGCUGGUCGCCGAGAGCGCCGAUUAUCUCCCACCGGAAAAUGACUGCGUCGCCGCGGACGGUCUCGUACGGCUUUUCGUUGUACCCAAGGACUGUAUGGAAACGCGCCUGGUAGUCCGAGAGUUAAGAGUGCGUCUGGCUACCGGUAUACUAUCGAGGGCACGUUGUGGCGUUUACCGCGAUAAAUUCCCCUCGAUUUUAGGCUUACCCGAGGAAGAGGGCGAUCGUCGAUUGGACGUGUAUCUAAAAAGAUUCACCUUAAAAGAGGCUUUCGCGGACCUGCAUCGCGCUUGGCUCAGCGUUCGAUCGGAGACUUUUGCUCGCAGCUGGACGCUGCCACGCGAUCGCGAGGAUCAUCCGUUGACAGGAUGCAACGGCGCCAUGUUACCGCCCAGGAUCCACGCGGUCGAUCACGAGGAGGAUAGAAUGCUAUUUGUCCAACUGCAAAACCUCGCUAGACAGGUCGGACUAGAGAUCUCUGAUGACGAACUUGGCAGUUGGAUCCUCGAUGAGGAGAGCACGCUGGCGGGUCUUAUUAGGAAGAGAGAAGCACCGGACGAGGAGCACAGCCGGAUCAAGAUCGAGGUAGAGCCGGAUAGAUGGUCGGAUCGCAAUGGCGACGAAGACGACGACGGAGGAAACGACGGUGUCGAAGAGGAUGAUGGCGAAGACGAGCCCACCGCCGAGGAGGCUGUCGGACUUCUUUCAAGAGUACUAACUUGGAUGGAAAGAGAACCACUCGAUCCAGGACUUCUACUGGCAGUCAGAUCGAUGCGCGAUACCGCCGCACUUAUGGCGAGCAAGAUGGGCCUAGCGGGAACGCAUCCAAGCGGACUACCCUUCUUCUGCCCGAACGGGGACCACCUGACGCAACCACCUCCCGCCCAUAUGGGUAUACCGCCUUACGGCGCGUUGGAUGCGGGUAAGGCGGCCGCCGCGGCUGGUCUUACAAGAGCACCAAUGUAUCCCUUCUCAACAGGCCAGUAUGCAUAUCCCAUGCUUAGUCCGGAAAUGACGCAAGUCGCUUCUUGGCAUACACCGAGCAUGUAUCCCAUCUCGCCGGCGAACGCCGGCUUUCGAAGUCCGUAUCCCACGAGUUUACCCAUUACAAGUUCUAGUUUACCAAGUGAUCUCUACCGGUUUUCACCAACGGGCCUUAUGCCUCCACAUCCUGGCCUGAGUCCACACGCACACGCGCUAGCGUCGCACGCGUUGGUAUCUUCGGCACCGAAGGCGGAUCACUCCACCCUGGAUCACAAUCACAGGUCAACGAUAGAACAGAAAAACUCCACGUCGUUACCUACGGACAAUGCGAAAGCUCAGGACACGGGACAACAAAACAAUCAAGAUAAAAAGAAACCCCAUAUAAAAAAGCCUUUGAAUGCGUUUAUGCUGUAUAUGAAGGAGAUGAGGGCGAAGGUUGUGGCAGAGUGUACCUUAAAAGAAAGUGCCGCGAUCAACCAAAUAUUGGGAAGACGAUGGCACGCGCUAGGGCGAGAGGAACAGGCCAAGUAUUAUGAGUUGGCGCGACGGGAGAGACAGUUGCACAUGCAGCUGUACCCUGACUGGUCUUCCCGCGCAAAUACCAACCGAACUAAGAAGAGGAAGCGCAAACAAGACACAAACAGUGAUCCUGGAGGUAAUAAUAUGAAGAAAUGUCGUGCCAGGUAUGGAUUAGAUCAGCAGAGCCAAUGGUGCAAACCCUGCAGACGUAAGAAGAAAUGUGUCAGAUACAUGGGGGAGGGAGGAGACGGCGACGGCGAAGCUGACGGUGAAGCCGAGGAUGACCAUUCGGAGGAUAACCUGGGUAGCGUAGGAGAGGCGGGAACUCCCGAAGAGGACGAGUCUCUGAGUAGUCCCGGGGGCCUAUCCGCAUUGUCUAGUCUGGCGAGCCCUUCGUUGGUCUUACCAUCGCCCUCGAGCCUGGCCAGUCCAUGCCCGUGUCCGUUGACGCCCCCGGUGCCGCCUCCAUCUCUGUCGAACACGAACCAACCGCCGAUGGCGACAACGACGACCACGACGACGACGACGGUGGCAGCGGCGGCGGCGGCGGCAGCGGCGGCAGCGAUGGCGAUGGCCGGAUCGGCGGUGACGUCAGCGGCAACGCAGCAACAACAGCAGCAACAGCCGCAACCACCUCCGCAGCCUCACCGCAAUCCCGUUGGCACGAAUCCUCACGACAUUAACAACCCGCUAAGCGUGAACCAACUGACUGGACAAUGUAUUAAGAGCGAGCCCGCACCUUCGGGCCCCUCCAACCCGGCGAUCAGUGUUACGUAGCCCCGGCCGGACCCACGUGACCGAACUGUUGCUACACGCGGUGUCAUCUAUAGGGUCCGUUUACGUAUGCACGCGAUGAGAAGACUGGAUGAUGAGGAAUUGACUGAGAUAAUGAUAGAAAAACCAAAAGAGAGACUUGGCGGAUGAGAGCGGGACAAAGAGAGGAGAGGGGAGAGAGAGAGAGAGAGAGAGAGAGAGAGAGAGGGGGGGGGGAGACCAAACAAGAAUCUCGCUUUUGUCUAGCCUUUCUCUCGCAGUUCCGAUUCUGAUUGGAGGAUUGUCAGACAGAGGUUUGAGGAGAGUAUUUUCGAGAUGCUUGAAAAAAUCAUUUAAGUGAGGAUCGUUUAUGAGUAAUUGAUCACACUUCGUUGGAAGACGCAAACUACAAUCUAAGUGGUGUAUUAUCGACGAUUUGAAUUUGUAUGGGUACGCAAAAUCAUUGUGCGAAUCGUUGUAUCGUUAUUGUGGAUUUAUAGCGUCGCCUUCGAUCGUUCUCUCCUGGCCUCGUUCUUGUCUAUUCGCCAUAAUAGAAGUCAUCCAGUGUCCAAAGUCGGGAAUAAUGAUCAAGACAUUAUAUACGUGUUAACGCAAGAACAGAUAUAAAUACUAUGUGCAGAAAUACUCAGGACCAAGUAUUUGGUUGUAGUCACCCGCUCGGCAAAAAGACAAAUGUAAGCGUGAGAGAAUAUAUGUGCAUGUAUGCUUGCGAAGCUGGGGAAGAGCAAGGUGCACGUCUGAUAAUAAUGCGACUGAGAAAGCAAGCUCAUUGAAGGUGCGCGUGACGCAGCUUGUAGUCCUUGUUACGUUGUGAUGCCAAUGACUGAGAGUCAUGUUCCUGUGCCAGCUACUAUACUCUAGGAAAAUAAUUAUAUUGCGGACAAGUGUAACUAGAAGCGUAAAACAGAGAAGAUCCGCAAGAAAGAACGAAACGGCGCGCACACAUGCGCGUGCGCGCGUGAUGCGUUUUUUGUCAUUUGUUUAUUCGACCUCACCUCACACAUCAAGUGUGUCAAGAUACCUAACUUCUAUGUAUAUGCAAUUUGUUAUUUUUUUAAAAGUCUAUACAGUACGGUUGAUUAGCGUGUAAGAUCCUUAUUACCGACUUUCCCCCCUUUCCCCAUUAACUUUCUACUCGAAUAUAUUUUUCUUCGCUUUCUCCCUUCUCUUUCACUUUCCUUAUUUCAUUUUUAAUAAUAUUACAAUUGAUAAAUGGCGUUAUACAAUUGCAAGGUUUUAAAGACGUGUUUCUGUAAAACUUGUCAAAGAAACCUUUUUAUUUGUGCGGAAUAUAACACGCUGUUAAUUAUUAAGUAUGAAUGCGCGUAUUGAUACGUUAGUAUUAAUUGCGUAUUAAUUCUAAUAAUACCUAUUAAAUUUCGUGUUUAUAUUAUCGCUGUUGCAAUCAACUUUACAUCAUGCCGAUGUUUUCAUUUUUUUUAAAUUCUUUUCCCGAAUAGAUAAUAAUGUCUGUUGUCAAUCGACAAAUUCACACUUUUGAUUGAAAACAAAGACAAUAACCGCAAUAAAUUAAAAGAAAUAAAGAAAGAAAGGACCUGAAUCGAAAGACUCUCGUCUUUUACAAAAAGAUUGGACUGAACUACACAUUGAGUCACUUAUGACUAAUGUCAAAAAAGGUAUUUUUAAUGGAUCUUAUCCUAUAUAUUCAUUUCUUCCUCUUAUAUUUCUCCUUCAUGUUCGCGUCUUUAUAGAAAUAUUUUUUGCUCCUCUUUUUCCCUUCUCACAUAUUAACGUGACAUGAGCGUUCGAUAAACGUAUAGCAAUGUCCGAUGCGACUUAAAGAUUAGCCAAUUUAUAAUCCGUAUAUAUGAAAUUCCGCAUCAGAGAAAUAAAUUUCUCUCUUAAAUCGCGAAGUAGAAAGAAAAUUUUUAUCGUUGAAACAAUCGCUCAAUGAACGAUGAUUAGGAGAGGAUUUUAGGAAAAAGGUUUUAUGAUAUCCUAGAUAAAACAAUAUUAGAUUUUACUAACGUUUCAGUUUUCUCUCUUUUCAUUAACGAAGUUUUGCAUGUGGUUUCGAAUAUUAUAGAAUAGUACAAGUGUUUGUUUCUAGAUGCAAAAUGACGUUAUAAAUAUUUUUUAUCGGCAAACUAUGUUUUUUUCUUAUGUUUCAUAAUAUAUAUUAUAUUGUUUAUCUCGUAUAUCGGUGUAACGUGCAAAUGUAAAACGUACUAUUUGGACAUUUAAUUAGACCAAUUAAUUGGCGAAAUGAUAUGAAAGAAUGAAUAUUCUUCAUUGUGUCACGCAUUUCUGUGUUGUAAAAAAAUCUAAGCCAACAGUCUCUUUUUGUGAAUAGAAUAGAAUUGUUAAUCAUACGCUAAAAGAUGGUUCGUGCAAUCUUGUAAAAGAAUACUAGCUUUUUAUCUUUCUUGCUUUAUUAAAAUUUUUAACGUUGUUAAUUUUUAAAUUUUUUAUUCUUUUACGAUGCAUGUUUUACAUUUUUACGAAUGUAACAAUUUUAAAAAAUCUUUUUACAAUAACAUAUUUACACACACGAUAGUACGUUUUAUAAAAAGCUAAAAUCACGUGUGCGCAAUUUCGAGCAUGCCGAAUAUAGAAUUGCAAUGAGAAUUGUUAAUGACUGAUCUCGUUCCGUUAUGCGACAUUUUGAUGCAAUCUUAAUUUUUUUCUAUUAUCUAGCAUCGAACCGGAAAGAAAUGCGCUAGAGGUCCUUUAUAUAACGAUUGUUCCGUAAGAGUUUAUUCUUCAGAGAGCAAUUUUUCUUUUUUGUACAUAAAAUAAAUACAUUUUAUAAAAUGCAUUUGUUGCGGCGCAUGGGAAAGUGCAAUGGAGGUGCCAAUGAAAGAACGAGAGAUUGCGCGCAUUCGUGCGCUACGUAACGGAAGUAGACGUUGUACGAAGAUGCGCGCGAACGUCUAUGACAAUAUCUUUUCCCUUCUCUCCCUUCCGCAAUGUGUUUCUCCCUCUUUAUACUCUUUUUUUUUCUUAUUUUUUAUUUCAUCGACUGAAAUGAUUCGAUGUUUAUACAGCGAACACGGCAAGAGCCGCUAUAGGAACGCAUCGCCGAGUAUAGCAGCAAAUUAAACGUGCCAUAACAACGUCAUGCCAAUAUUACUGAUAAUACAUAUUGUUUUUUGACAUUUAUAUUUCAUUCAACUUGGUUCUCUGUCGGCCGUGAAGCAUAGGCUAUUGAUGCGAAUUCGCCUUUUUCUCCUUCCUUCCAUCGCCCUUAUCACUCGUCAAGUCAACACAUUCUCUCCUUUCCUUCCCGCCUUCUUCGUUUGUCGAUCGAACUCAUUAACAGACUGAAAAUGGCAUUUAGUAGAAACUUUUUCGCGAGUUAAUUUGUUUCAUUGAACGAUCUGUAUGUAUACGAUCGAAAUGUAGACUCUCGCGCGUACAAGGACGUUCGAUCGAAGAACCGAAGUACCUACCUAUCGAAUAAGUACGGGACAAGGACAACCAGCAACGUCUCACGAGAGACAAGUGCGAGAGAAAAGGAGGCGGCGGCGGCAAUAGAGACGUAGUAUGGCGAAAACGAGACUCGUCAAGUCUCGUGCGAGAUUGUUUCAUUAUCGUACGUGCACUUGUACAUGGCGAUGACCGCUAUAAGAGUGACACGCGAGCGGGACCGAUUUUUCUUCGAUGCUACGAGAGAAGCGGUAUCUCUCUCGCCUUUCCUACGAGGAAAGAAAACGUCAUGGACUAUCUCGAGUUCGCUCGCUGUCUCCCUUUCCCUCUAUUAGGACCGACAAGGCGAUGUCACCUAGGAUUCGGUGGCAGAUCACUCGUUCGUGGUUCGACGUUACCGGGUAUGGAAAGAGAAAUGUAUCCCUGGGACACGAAAUGCGAGCAAACUCGCUCGAUACGGCCUACAGUCUACUUGAGAAGAGAGGGUAUCGAGAUUUGCUUGCGAGUCGCAGAUGACCCCUUUCCACCGGUGACGAGGGGUGACCAAGCUCGUGCCGAUCGAGACGGGUUCGAAGCUCGUGUCUCGCUUCAAAAGAAUAAUUGUAUCAUAUUGUAUAGUAUCAAUCGACAGUUCUCAGCUGCGUUGUACAGUGUUUUCUAAGUAUCUAGGCUGAUAGCGCGCGUGUAAUUGAGAAAAAGGAACAUUGUAUUUACAUUAAUAAGCGAUCUGUAUCAUUCAUUCUCGUAUAGUCUGUACUCCUACUCAUGUAGAUGCUAAAAGUGAUUUGUGUCAUAAAGAAAACCUAUAAAUAAAAUUAGCACUUUGAGAACGU